UUUUUGAUUUAGCCUGGUGUUUUUGUUAACCAGGCUGCACCCUAAAACCUCAUCCUCCUCUUCUUCUUCUUCUUCUUCCUCAUCAUGAUACCCAUUUAACAUUAAAUAUAUGUUAUAAUUCUAUGUUAAGAUUUUACUACUGGGAGGAAAAAAAGAAAACACAUAUAAAGAAAGAUUAUUAUAAACACAUAUAAAGAAAGAUUAUUAAGCCUUUCUUCCCAUCCUUUUUGUUUUCUUGAUUGUGGCCUCUUUGUAGGGUUGGCUCAUUUGAUUGAAUUCAUUUCUUGAAUUGUAUUCAAUCAAAUCUUACUUGUUACCAUAUAUGGUCUUCAACUGUAUAAUUAAUUAAUUAAUUAAUUAACUGCUACGUGCAUUCCACAUUCUUUGGAAGUUAAUUAAUUGUAUUCUUUGGCUUGUGUUUCUUUCUUCCUGAUUGAGUAUAUCCUUUUCUUCUAACCCAUUUUAAAAUUUUCUUUUAAUUCUUUUGUUCAAAAAAGAACAAAAGAAGGAAAGGUUGUUGGAAAGAAGAAACAAAGUUGAUUUCAAUCUUUAAAAAUGACUUGUUUUCCAUGCUUUUCAUCACAAGAAAAGAAAGCAGCCAAAAGGUCCAAUAGCACCAAAAGAUCAGAGUCUCACCGUCUUAUCUCUCCUCGUAAAGAAAACAAUAUUGCAUCACAGCCUUCCGAUAAUCCUAAAGCAAAGGCCCAAGUUGAACUUCACAAAACCAAGGACAACGCAAGUAAUCAUAAUAACAGCAAUGGCAACAAAGAAGGUGGCAAUAUCGCUGCACAAAGCUUCAAUUUUCGUGAAUUAGCAACUGCUACAAAGAAUUUCAGACAGGAAUGUCUACUCGGAGAAGGUGGGUUUGGAAGAGUUUACAAGGGAAAGCUUGAGAAAACCAACCAGAUAGUGGCUGUGAAGCAACUUGACAGGAAUGGAUUGCAAGGAAAUAGAGAAUUCCUCGUUGAAGUGUUAAUGUUGAGUCUCUUACACCAUCAGAAUCUCGUAAGUCUUAUUGGGUACUGUGCUGAUGGAGAUCAAAGGCUUCUUGUUUACGAGUACAUGGCAGCAGGAUCUCUUGAAGACCAUCUAUUAGAUCUUCCACCAAGACAAAAGCCAUUAGAUUGGUUCACAAGAAUGAAAAUAGCAUUAGGUGCUGCUCAAGGGUUAGAAUAUUUGCAUGAUAAAGCAAAUCCCCCUGUGAUAUAUAGAGAUCUAAAAUCAGCAAAUAUUUUGCUGGAUGAAGAAUUUAAUGCAAAAUUGUCUGAUUUUGGGCUGGCAAAGCUUGGCCCUGUGGGGGAUAGGAGUCAUGUUUCUUCAAGAGUUAUGGGAACUUAUGGUUAUUGUGCCCCUGAAUAUCAGAGAACUGGCCAGUUAACUGUUAAAUCAGAUGUUUACAGUUUUGGAGUUGUUUUACUGGAGUUGAUUACUGGAAGAAGAGUUAUUGACACCGCCAAACCAACUCAGGAGCAAAAUCUUGUCACCUGGGCACAACCAAUGUUCAAGGAACCAAAUAGAUACCCAGAACUUGCAGACCCAGUUCUUGGUGGAGAUUACCCAGUUAGAGCCUUAAAUCAAGCAGUAGCAGUAGCAGCCAUGUGUCUACAAGAAGAAGCUCCAGUUCGCCCCUUGAUAAGCGAUGUAGUGAGUGCUCUUACUGUUCUUGGAGCGGGUCCAGAAGCAGCUGUUUCUCAUAUGUCUUUCCCUUCUCCGUCAUCUGAAACGGCAGCAGAUGAUGAAGAAGCUAUGCUUGAACGUCAACGGGCAGUUGCAGAAGCCUUUGAAUGGGGAUCAAAUUUAAAGAGUACAGCAUAGCAGUCUGCAAGUAUUACGUCCUUGUAAUGUAUUAUCUAUCUAUCUUCGUGUUAAUUCUGAAAAAGAAUACAUGUUGAAGAAGAAGAUGUGAUCACAGAUGAAGAAAAAGAAGAUGGAGGUACAUGAAGAAAUGUAAAAGGAUGAUCUUUGGAGACAAGCAUGCAUAUAUAUAACUAAGAUUGGCUUGAUUUGCUUCAAAUGUUUCUAUUUGAAUUACAGAUGAUGUGCAAAAAUCAAGGAAAACAAGUUUUGGUCAA